CAACCCCGCGCGCCGCCGCCCCCGCAAACCCCGGGCGCCUCCACCUCCUACCGGAUCCCACCGGCGGAGCAAGCCGCGGCAGCCUCGGCGCUCCUCCGCUCGCCGCCGCCCUGGAGACGAACACGGAACCGCCACCCCGAGGAACAUCCGAAAGCUGCGCAGCGGUGGAGCUCCCCUGCCCACUGCCUUUUCGUCCAUGCAUGCCCUCCAUCCUCGCCGGAGCCGAUGCCGGCCGCGGCCUCACCACGUCGCCCGGGAUCCACACAAGCGCCAUCCUGGCCGGCCACAUUGACCAUCUCACAAGGGCAACCUUGACCUUCCCGAGAUGGUUCAUCCAUGGAGCAGCCGCUCCCACCCCUCCACACCCGCGUCAUGCCUGGCUCGCCGCACACCUUUGCCCGUCGUCACCAGUACGCUGCUACCGCAUGGCUGACGGGGCUAUUGCCACAUCACGUCCGGGCUGGUAGCGGAGAUCGUGGACUAGGGCGCGAAUUGGAGCAGGGCGAGCACGAUGCUGUACAUGGGGAUCGGGGUGGUUGACGGGGGUGGCAGUUCUAGUUCUUCUACUCCCCUUCUUCUACUACAGCAAUACGCACGCCUGCGCGUUGCACAUCCGUCGUGGCAACUCACUGUCCAGCGACAGGUCGCCAAGAUUGUUCCUGCCACUGCUAUCCCUGAUGGUUGGAUGGGUCUCGAUGUUGGCCCAGAUUGCAUCAAGACUUUCGCCGAAGCCUUGGACACCGCCAAGACUGUUAUCUGGAACGGUCCUAUGGGAGUCUUCGAGUUUGAGAAGUUUUCCGCAGGCACUGAUGCAAUCGCGAAGCAGUUGGCUGAGCUUACUGGGAAGGGUGUGACGACCAUCAUCGGUGGAGGUGACUCUGUUGCUGCUGUUGAGAAGGCUGGGCUGGCCGACAAUAUGAGCCACAUUUAGACCGGUGGUGGCGCGAGCUUGGAGCAGGUGGAAGGCAAGCCCCUCCCAGGAGUUCUCGCCCUUGACGAGGCAUAGGUUCAUUUGGUUUCGCCUAUCAGCUUGCUGCGUGCCCUUUUCUUUGGGAUCUCAAAUUGGUGUAACGCUGGAACGUUAUAUGGAAACUUUGAGAUAGGUUUGUCGCCAAUUUUUGCUAGUAGAUGGGUCGUGAAUAAUUAUCAACUUCCUCUGUGUGAGUGAAGUGAUGUGACUGGAAUGUAACAUACCCCUGUGGAUGUGUAUGGUUUUAAGCUCUGUGUCUUUGUGUCCGGUUUC